AUGAAGUUCUUCAUCGUUGUAUCUGCUCUCUUCGCCCUUGCGGCAUCCGCCCCUGUCGAGAUGUCUCUUCAACAGAUCGACUACGCUCUGCAGAGCCCCGACCUCUCUCCAAUCCUAAGACCUGUGUUGGAAGCUGCUCUUAACAAGAUCAUGGAAGCUCUAAUGAACGGACAGGCUCUUGAAACCGUUGUUGUCGAACUCCCCAUUGGCGUAGACCCAGUUCUCAUUCCCGAGCCUGCCCCACUCCCAGUCAACCCCAUCCCAGUCCCAAUUGACCCCGUCCCAAUCCCAAUCCCAAGCCCCGCUGAACCCGCCCCCACCCCAUCUGCCGGACCUCUUGUCCAGGUCAUCAUUAACGUCAACAAGGAACAACAACAGGUACCUGAUGUAGAUGUGGGUUCCAAACCUGAACCAUUACCUGGCAACCCAAUCGACGUCAUCCUCAACUAA